AUGUUUGCGAAAUUUAAGGGCUUUCUUGGUGGCCCACAGCCACCAGCAUCUCCCGCCACCACUGGAGCAGCUCCUGACCCUGGUCGAGACCCAACACCGAGUCCUGCACCUCCUGUAGCUCCUGCUGUAAACAAGGACAACAACCCUACUGAAAAGGACUAUGCGGAAAAACCACAGGACCCAGCACCUUCAACAGCACCAUCGCCAGCGCCAGCACCAACACCAGCACCAACGUCAACCCCAGCGCCAGUAUCAGCCCCUACUGCUGCUGGAGAGGGAGCUCCCCCUCUGCCGAUCAUAAUCAACCCAUAUUCCGAUGAACAGCUUCGCUCCAUCGUGAAGCGCAUGCGAGAGAGGCUAGAUGUCUGCAAAGAGAAAGUGACUGAUCAAUAUGCUUCGUCACCAGAGAUUAGCCCCCCUGUCACACCACUCUUGCAGAAGGAGCACUAUGCUAAAGUUGUGGAAGAGCGGAGAAGGCAAGCCGAGGAAGAGCGGGUCAAAAAAGAGGAGGUUGACAAGAAAAAGAAGGAAGAGCAGGAGAAGAAAAAGAAGGAGAAUGAGCAGAAAAAGAAGGAAGAGGAGGAGAAAAAGAAAUUAGAGGCAAAAGAAGCGAAGACGCAAGACUUUAAGACUGUCUUUAUGGAGAAAUUGUGGACUUCUGUGGAUGUCUUUCUAAAGCCCUUGGAGGAUUCCAUGGAUUCUGUACUGGGGAGCACGAUUGAUCCUUUCACAGAUCGUCGCUACAUUGCCUGGUUGAGCGUGGUGACUCUGGCCUUCAACUACAACACGUGGUUCAUCACUGCCCGUCUGUGCUUCCCCUACCACACCGAGCGCUCCAUCCCAUACUGGUUCGCCUUGGACCUGCUGGCUGACCUCAUCUACCUCACGGACAGCAUCAUCUUCCAGUCUCGCAAGCAGUUUGUCAAAGCGGGAGACAUCAUCAAAGAUGGAAAGCUGACAAAGAAGAAUUACAGAGAAACUGAGAGAUUUGUGGCCGACAUAGUUUCAGUCUUGCCCUUCGACUUACUCUACUUCCAGUUUGGAUUCAAAUCCAUUUUCAGAGCAAACCGCUUGCUAAAGUUGGAUACAUUUUUCGAGUUUAGUGACCGCCUGGAAAGCAUCAUGGCAAAGGCUUACAUCUGGAGAGUUAUUCGCACCAUCGGGUAUCUCCUCUUCAUGCUCCACAUCAACGCCUGCUUCUACUACGUAGCUUCAGACUACCAGGGUAUUGGUCAAACCAAGUGGGUCUACUCUGGACUGGGAAAUGCGUACCUGCGUUGUUACUACUUUGCUGUCCGCAGUCUCAUCAACAUCGGGGGUCUUAAUGAACCCCACACAGUCUUUGAGAUCACCUUUCAGAUGACAAACUUUUUCACGGGUGUCUUUGUGUUCUCCAGUUUGAUCGGACAGAUGAGAGACGUGAUUGGUGCAGCCACAGCAGGCCAGACUUACUUCCGCUCGUCCAUGGACGGCACUGUGGCCUACAUGGUGACCAACCGCAUCCCCUCCUUCGUCCAGAACCGAGUCCGCACCUGGUACACGUACACCUGGGACGCCCAGGGCAUGCUCGAUGAGUCGGAGCUGUUGGAUAAGAUGCCUUUAGUAAUGAGAACUGCCAUUGCCGUCGACAUCAACCUGACCACUUUCCAAAAGAUAGACCUUUUCAAGGGCUGUGACCAGCAGAUGUUGGUGGAUAUGUUACUGAGACUUAAGUCUAUCAUCUAUUUGCCAGGAGAUUUUGUUGUAAAGAAAGGGGACAUUGGCAAAGAGAUGUACAUUAUCAAGAGCGGAGCAGUGCAGGUGGUGGGAGGGCCUGACAACAGUAUUGUGUUUGUCACACUUAAGGCUGGCUGCGUGUUUGGAGAGAUCAGUUUGCUUCAGUCAUCCAAAGAUGGAGGAAACAGACGGACGGCAAAUGUCAAAGCCUACGGAUUUGCUAAUCUUUUUGUCCUCGAGAAGAAAGACUUGUUUGAUAUUCUCGUCCACUACCCAGAAUCUCAGAAAGUGCUGGCCCGAAAGGGAAGGAAACUAAUGAAAGCUAAGGGUCCGACAGCAGCGAAAGCAGAAGAGGAAAAGAAGAAAGGCCUGGCACUUUUUGGACCCAAACCACCGACACCCAAAUUACUGCGAGCCUUUGGUGGAGGCUUUAACAAAAAAAUGAUUGACAAACUUAAGGUAAGCUCUCUUGGGAGUCUUCUGGUGGCACGUGAGAGACGCUUAUAUUGA